AUGAGGAGUGGAGGUGGGGGGGUGGCCGCAGCGUCCCCUCUUACUAACGCCCAUAUCCCCACCCCCAAUCAACCAACCCCCUGUAACCUCACCCCCCAUUUCAACCGCCCCCUGGAACCGCACUCCCUCCCUCCUUUUCUUCCUCUAGACCCCUCCCCACCCACGGUGGUCCAGGUCAAAUUCUUCACAGGUGGGGCUGCUGGUCACGGGUGGGGCUGCUGGUCACAGGUGGGGCUGCUGGUCACAGGUGGGGCUGCUGGUCACGGGUGGGGCUGCUGGUCACAGGUGGGGCUGCUGGUCACGGGUGGUGCUGCUGGUCACAGGUGGGGCUGCUGGUCACAGGUGGGGCUGCUGGUUACGGGUGGGGCUGCUGGUCACAGGUGGGGCUGCUGGUCACAGGUGGGGCUGCUGGUCACGGGUGGGGCUGCUGGUCACGGGUGGGGCUGCUGGUCACAGGUGGGGCUGCUGGUCACAGAUGGGGCUGCUAGUCACAGGUGGGGCUGCUGGUCACAGGUGGGGCUGCUGGUUACAGGUGCCUGGUGCUGGCGGCUGGUGCUGGUGCUGGUGCCUGGUGCUAGCGGCUGGCACUGGUGCUGGUGCCUGGUGCUGGCGGCUGGCGCUGGUGCCUGGUGCUGGUGGCUGGCGCUGGUGCUGGUGCCUGGUGCUGGCGGCUGGCGCUGGUGCCUGGUGCUGGCACUGGUGCCUGGUGCUGGCUGCUGGCGUUGGUGCUGGUGCCUGGUUCUGGCGGCUGGCACGAGUGCUGGUGCCUGGUGCUGGCGGCUGGCGCUGGUGCUGGUGCCUGGUGCUGGCGGCUGGUGCUGGUGCCUGGUGCUGGCGGCUGGCGCUGGUGCUGGUGCCUGGUGCCGGCGGCUGGCGCUGGCGCUGGUGCGUGGUGCUGGCGGCUGGCGCUGGUGCUGGUGCCUGGUGCUGGCGGCUGUCGCCGGUGCUGGUGCCUGGUGCUGGUGCUGGUCUUCCGCCGCCACCACUCCCUUCCCCCUUUUCCUCUCUCCCCCACAGCAUUCCGCCGCCACUCCCUUCCCCCUUUCCCUCUCCCCCCACAGCGUUCCACUGCCAAUCCCUUCCCCUCCUCCCUCUCCCACCCACAGCGACCGCUGCUGCACACCCGAACAGUCGCGACGGGGGGGGUGA